ACUAGGGGGCAGCCAUGGUUACUGGGCUCCGAAGAGUUAAUCUGUGGGGUCCAAGGUGCCUUCUGGCCGUUCAUUCUGACAUAAAUAAGAGUAGGCCGGGUAGGGACCACCUGAGCUCACCAGAGCCUGCACCUCCGAAACACGGGGGCUCUGACGUGCUCCUGCUGACGUUGGUUUCUGCAGUGACAGAUGCCCCGCUGCCGGCGGGGGAGGGUGCCGAUACUGCUACCGCCCAGAUCUCUUAGGGUUACCACAACUCCCAAACCGCCCCGCCGGCCUCUCAAAGACUUGUGGGGACCGGAACCAGGUCGCCGAGCCCAGCACGUGGGGCCGCAGAACAGAGGGCGGGGACUGCGCACGGCCCGGACUACAAGUCCCACAAUGCUCCAGACGGCGGCGGCGGAGAAGGGGGGGGUAUCUCCAGGUGUCUACGACCUCGGCGCCUCCCGCCCGGAAGUGCCCGAGGGUCCGCUAUGGAGCUGGCGGAGCUGGGCGGUGAGUCCCUGCGCCGUGACCGCGCCCACCCCGCCAUCCCUGGCCCCAGCCAGCACCCACUUGCCCCGUCCCGGAAUCGCCCGUGCCCUCCCACGGCUCGAGGGUCGAGAAGAUGGGAGGGGCGCUGGAGGAGCUGGGGGUGGGGAAAGCGAAGCUUCGGGUUCUCGGGCAGGAUCUGGGGUCCUGCAAGGGACUGGGUUUGGAGAGGCUUCCAGAGGAGGCGCGAAGUCGGGCCUCCGCGGGGUGGGGCUUGAGUGGACCGGGAGGGGCCGAGUUGGGUGGAGGGUGGCAACCCUCGGAGGCUCCAGAUUGCCAAAGGGCGGAGUUUGACGUCUAGUGUGGGGAAGCCUUGGGAAGCAGAGACCCGGCCUGGUGGGUGGGGUUUGGGUAAAGGGUAACGGGGGUGGGGUGGGAGGUGCGGCAUAGAGGCCCUUUUCCUUCCCCCGUGGAGAAACUUUAACGAUGGAGUAGAUAAGCUUUGGGGUAGAUAAGCAGCUUUGGGGUGAAAUAGACGAAGGAAUAGACAAACUUUGAGGUGAAGUAGACAAGACUAGCUCCGUAGUGUGGCGGGCAAGGCAGGUGCCAUGGCCCUGAUUGAAGGGGUGGGUGAUGAGGUGACCGUCCUUUUCGCGGUGCUUGCCUGCCUUCUGGUGCUGGCUCUCGCCUGGGUCUCAACACACACCUCGGACGGUGCUGACCCACUCCCCCAGCCGUCCGGGACCCCAACACCAGCACAGCCCAGUGACGCCAUGGCAGUCACCGACAGCAUCCGAGGGGAGGCACCAGGAGCCGAGACCCCCAGCCUGAGACAUAGAGGUCAGGCUGCACAGCCAGAGCCUGGCACAGGGCUCCCAGCAACACCGCCACCCCCAGACUCCCCCCAGGAACCCCUAGUUCUGCGGCUGAAAUUCCUCAACGAUUCAGAGCAGGUGGCCAGGGCCUGGCCCCAUGACACCAUUGGCUCCCUGAAAAGGACCCAGUUUCCCGGCCGGGAGCAGCAGGUACGGCUCAUCUACCAAGGGCAGCUGCUGGGAGACGACACCCAGACCCUGGGCAGCCUUCACCUCCCUCCCAACUGCGUUCUCCACUGCCACGUGUCCACCCGGGUCGGGCCCCCGCAUCCCCCUUGCCCGCCGGGGUCCGAGCCAGGCCCCUCCGGGUUGGAAAUAGGCAGCCUGCUGCUGCCCCUGCUGCUGCUGCUGCUGCUGCUGCUCUGGUACUGCCAGAUCCAGUACCGGCCCUUCUUCCCCCUGACCGCCACGCUGGGCCUGGCCGGCUUCACCCUGCUGCUCAGCCUCCUGGCCUUUGCCAUGUACCGCCCGUAGUGCCUCCACGGGCUCUCGGCAGUGUGGCCGGCCCCUCCGGGCCGCGCUCCCCACGACACGGCGGGCGCUGCUGCCUGCCCAGGCCCACCUCUCCGGCCUGCCUCUUCCCUCUGCCCUGGAGCCCAGCCCUGCGCUGCAGGGCCCUCCAGGGGCAGGCGGAGGCCCCUCCCUGUGACCGCCGUGGCUCUGAGCCCCCUCCUGGGGCUGUGGGCCCUCCGCCCCCACUGACGGUCGGCUCCUCCGGCUCGGGCAGCUGCUGUCGCUGCCUUGGCCCUGGACAGAGCGGGGCCACACCCCUGGGCCCGGCUUAGUGUUCUGCCUGAGUACCCGGCCACCUCUAGUCCCCACAUGCUCUUUGUGCUGAUCUGGGGACCCAAGGACCAUGGGGGGCUGGGAGAGGUGGAGGGGGUUCUCUGGAACACGUGCAGAUUAAAUAACUGUGAAGUUUUCA